AUGGUUUUUUGGGAUCUGCAAUCAUUUAAUCUUGCUCUUCUACCAAAACAAGCGUGGAGGUUGAUUAGUAAUCCGGACUCUCUUCUCGCGCAUAUUUUGAAGGUCAGGUACUUUGCAGGGAGUGAUUUAUGGUCUGCGUCGAUCGGUACCCGGCCUUCGACGACGUGGAAAAGCAUUCUGGUAACUCGGGAGUUUCUCCGGGAAGGCACAAGGCGUCGGAUUGACGACGGUAAUUCCACAUGCAUUUGGAGCGACCCAUGGCUAGAAGGGGAAGGAAAACCCCGGAUCCUUACACCCCAACCAAUGGAUUCAACUUUCUCUAAUCUUUUGUCGGAUCUUAUCGAGGUAGAGACGCAUACUUGGAACCGGGACCUUAUUGAUCAUACAUUUUGGCCGAUCGACAGAGAACACAUUCUCCAAGUCCCCUUGGGCGUCGGCUAUGCGAGAGAUAGGUUGAUUUGGCCUUUCUCACAUACUGGUUCUUUUACAGUCGGCUCGUUCUACCACCUUAUCUUCGAGAAGAAGUUGCAGGGUAAUUCGACGUCGAGUGAUGGAAGCAGAGAGUGUUUGGCUGACGAAGAAACCUCUGCCCAUGUUUUGUGUAUUUGUUGGGGUAUGAAGGAUAUUUGGGAAUCUGUCCCGUUUCUGCCCAAGCCGACGGAGAGCUAUCAAUCUUUUGGGUCUUGGUUUGAUUUUUUGAGCCGUUAUCUGUCUGAGGACAUUCUUUUGUCGGCCGUUGUUAUCUGUUGGAAAAAAUGGGAUGUGCACAACCAGCGUUUGCAUGGAUCGGAGCACUUGAAGAUGAACGAACUAGUUGGUUGGUGCAGCUCUUUUCUUCGCGCAUUCAGAGAUGCUCAGUUGCCUAAACACUCCAUACCCAGGUGUGCUGCCUCGCCAACUUGGUCACCGCCGCCAGGAGGUUGGGUGAAGCUCAAUGUGGAUGUGGCUUUGAAAAAUGGUGAGAAAUUCUACAAUACUUCAUUAGUUGCAAGGAAUUCUUUUGUUAAUCGCCAGGGUAAUAAACUAGCUCAUUCUCUUCCCCUGUUUGAAGGGAUGUUCCCUUCCCCUGUUUUUGGCUAUGCGUGCCUAAUCUAA